AUGUCGUUCACGUCGGUGCCGAUCCUCGACCUGGACAUGGCCCGCAACCCGGCAACGAAGGCAGAGUUCCUAAACCAGCUCCGUCAUGCGCUUCUGGAGGUCGGCUUCUUGUAUCUCGAGAAUGUCGGCAUCCCGUCCCAGCUUUUUCAGGAGGUCAUCGAUAAGGGUAAAGCCUUCUUUGACGCCCCUCUCGAGGACAAGUUGAGGAUUGAGAUGAAGCGGGCGCCGUCCUUCCUCGGCUACUCUAGGCUCGCAGCCGAAAUCACGGCCGGCGAGGUGGACCACCGCGAGCAGAUCGACCUGUCGACGGAGCAUGCCCUGCCAGGGCCCGGCUUGCCCGAGUACCACAACCUGCUCGCGCCGAACCAGUGGCCGUCCGAGGAGUCGUGGCCGGGGUUUCGUGCCACGUACACGGACUACAUGCGGCGGAUGGGGUCCAUCUCCAUCUAUUUCACCUCGCUCAUUGCCGAGGCCAUCCAGCUACCGGCCGACGCGUUCGAAAAGUACUUUGACGCCGAUCAGCAGCACAAGCUCAAGAUCAUCAAGUAUCCAGACCUCGGCGAGCUCGGCCGCGACGGAGAGGUCCAGGGCCAGGGCGUCGGUCCGCACAAGGACAGCAUGCUGACGUCGUACCUGCUCCAGGCGACGGCCCAUCGCGGACUCCAAGUGCAGAAUGUGCAGGGCGAGUGGAUCGAUUGCCCGCCCAUCGAUGGGACGCUCGUCGUCGCCAUCGGGCAGGGAAUGGAGGCGCUGACGCAGGGCGUGUGCGUGUCGACGACGCACCGCGUGCUGUCACCCGCCGCCGGCUCGGGCGCGCGCUUCUCCAUCCCCUUCUUCCAAGGGGUCAAGUACGACACGACGUUUGACGACCUGGAGACGGUCGGCGUCGGUGCCGUGCCAGACGAGGUGAGGGAACAGCGGAGGAGGGUGGUGGAGAGGACGGGUGCGAGGGUCGACGAUGUCGAGUUUACCUUUCGGAAGGGAUCGGUCGCGAAGACGUUGGGCGAGGCGACGUUGCGGAACCGAGUCAAGAGCCACCCGGACGUUGGAGAGCGUUGGUACCCGCACAUCCUCCGCUCUCUUCGCGAGGAGCAGUCACGUUCGCAGGCUUCGAGCAGCAAGACGAUGAAGCGUGGCGAGGGGCCACCAUCGUCCGUCCAUGUGCCCGGGGCGGCUAUCGAGACGCACUAA